AAAAUUCCUGGUCCAUUAUUGGUACCGAUGAACGAAGAGUUGUCGUGUGAGCAGAGUGGCAUUUAUAAGUUAUGGAUUAGCAACGAGCAUGCUUGGAUACAUUCAUUGAGAGUAAAAUACAAAAUUCUACUGGAGUAA